CUUAGCCAUUCUCCGUUUGUCUUAGACACGCACACACACACGCACAUACAGACACCUUCAUAUUGCGAGAAAAGGAGGAGGCGAAUGAAGGAUUACACCAUAAAUUUUGUUUAAAUGUUUCAAAUAAGUUAUAUUGUUGAAAAAGCGCAAAUUUAAAAUAUUAGUUGGAAGUGAAGAAAUCUUAUCAACUUUUAACCAACUGACUGACCCGGCAAUUCCGAUUAUAUUAUGGAGGAUACUGUUGAGAAAAAAGAAGGCGAGGAAGAAAAACCUGUUAGUAGACAGAAUAGUCAAGAGCUGAAAGAUACUGUCAUCAAAAGUAUUUACGAUUCAACAGCAUCCGCAAGAAGUAGGAAAGUCACUCUAAGUCAGAUAUGUCGUUGUCUGCAAAUGUUAAAUCAGUGUCCAACACAGGCUGAUUUAAAUAAAAUUUAUUCUGAUUAUACACCUGAUGAUAUGGAAGAGGCUAAACCAGAAACAAUCCUAUUGGAUUUAGAAGACUUCACUGAGAUAAUUAAAACAUAUUCACGUACAAGAGAUGAACGCUGGAAUCAGAUAAAUAAUGCAUUUCUUUAUUUUGAUAAACUUGAAUCUGGUGUCGUGGACACAGAGCCAAUGAGAACUAUGCUGUUAACGGUUGGUGACUGCUUAACAGACAAGGAGUGUAAUGAAUUUUUUAAAGAAGCUGCGCCUGGAUCAGAUGGAAAAUGGCCAUAUGAUGAAUUUCUGAAAAAACUGGUUGAUGCUUAUCCACGUCCACAGUCAAAGAAGCCGACACCUGGAAGUACUGCGAAGAAGAAGAGCGCCAAAAAGUGAAUACAGAGAAAGAUCAGUUCAAUAAAAAUAAAUGUGUUUCUUGUUUUAAGUGGAAGCAUUUACAUUCAUAAAAUUUGUACAAACUUUAAACUUUACUUGGGGAUGAAUGAUCUUGUCAUGUUUUGUCUUCUUAGUUUUUUUCCCUUUCCAGUAAUCAAUCAAUGUCCAAUAAAAAGUGUGAUGCAA